AUGAGUGAAGAAAUCCCGAAUUCAACAAUCGAUGGAGUUCCCAACGAUAGACUACAUAUACAAAACAUCCCUCCUCACCUGACGGAGUCGCACCUAAGAAACUUAUUUGGAAACGCAGGCUAUGUGAUAACAGAUGUGUGUUAUUUUAAUAAAAACAGAAAACAAUCAAACAAUGGUUUUAUGAACAGGAAGGUCUACAACACUGCGCUAAUUACGUUUAGCACACACGAGGAGGCUUUAAGUGUCUUGAGGAACAUCAAGAGCAUGAUUGACACGAACAAUCAGGACAAGAGUAUCGAGGCCAAGUUCGCCGUCCCCAAUGUGAAUAAUAAUUCUGGUGCAAAGAAUAGUAGUAGUGGCCAUGGCGCUGGGGGAAGUGGUGGAGGAGGUGGUCCACAUGGUCCAUUUGGAAACAGCAACUUCCAAAAGAGCUUUAACAAUAACGACGAUUUUAACAGCGGCGGAAUGAACAGCUACAAUUUUUUUAACAGUUCAGGAAAUGUGCAAGGAAAUUUGGCCACCAGGAAUAUGAUGAAGGGGAAGAACCCUAAUAAUGGAAUGAUGAUGAUGAUGAUGAAUAAUGCGAACAACACGAGUGGCAUGAACGGAGUGCUUGGUCCAAAUGACCGUCCUAUGAAUGGAGGCAUGUUUAAUCAGAAAAAUAAUUUUAUGAUGAGCAAUCCAAAUUUGGGUACUGGGAAAAGCAUGCCUGAAAUGGUGAAGGGCGAUGGACAGUUUCCUCCCCCCGGAGGGAACCCUAAUAUGGGGAAUAUGCACAAUGUGGGGGCCGUUAGUGGGGUUGGCUCUGUUGGUGGUGUGAACCCUAUGAACGGUUUGCAUAACGAGGGGGGUGGAAGCGGAAGCCACGGGAACGCACACGGAGCAAGUAGCACCCCUGCCAUGUUCAGGCAAAUGCAAAGCAACAACAAUGGAAAUGCCUUCCAGCCGAGCGAUUUCGUAAUGGAAGAAUGCAACGAAAAUAUUGAAGGCUUAAGUCUGUGGGAAAUUUACAAAGAUAAAAAUAACAACACCUAUUAUUUUAAUACCCUUACGAAGCAUAGCCAAUGGAACAAACCCAUUCACCCAAAUAAAUUGUUUCACUUUAAUAACAAUGAUAAAACGAAGUUGAAUGGUCCUAAUGGAAGCAAUUUAUUUAUUUUCCACAUACCAAGUGAAUGGACUGACAUGGACUUAUUUCAGCACUUUUGUUGCUUUGGCAAUAUCAUAUCUUCAAAAAUUCAGAGGGAUAAUACGGGGAGGAACUCUGGGUUUGGCUUUGUGAGCUACGACAAUAUCCUGAGUGCCCAGCAUGCCAUUCAGUUCAUGAAUGGGUACUUUGUGAAUAAUAAGUAUUUGAAGGUGCAGCUGAAGAAGGGCGAGGCCGCGGAGAAGGCAUAG